AUGUCCUUCCCCCAGCUGGGCUACCCGCAGUAUCUCAGCGCCAGCCAGGCGGUGUACGGGAGCGAUCGGCCCGGGGUCCUGGCCGCCGCCGCCGCAGCUGCCGCCGCCGCCGCUGCCGCUUCGGGCCGGCCCGCGGGCGCCGAGCUGGGCAGCGGCUCGGCCGCUGUCACCUCGGUUCUGGGCAUGUACGCCAGCCCCUACAGCGCCCCCAACUACAGCGCCUUCCUGCCCUACACCGCAGACCUCGGCCUCUUCUCCCAGAUGGGCUCCCAGUACGAGCUGAAAGAUAAUCCGGGUGUCCACCCUGCUACUUUUGCUGCCCACACUGCCCCCGGCUAUUAUCCCUAUGGACAGUUCCAAUACGGGGACCCGGGACGGCCCAAAAAUGCCACUCGGGAGAGCACCAGCACCCUCAAGGCCUGGCUCAACGAGCACCGCAAGAACCCCUACCCCACCAAGGGCGAGAAGAUCAUGCUGGCCAUCAUCACCAAGAUGACCCUCACCCAGGUGUCCACCUGGUUCGCCAACGCCCGCCGGCGGCUCAAGAAGGAGAACAAGGUGACCUGGGGCUCCAGAAGUAAGGACCAAGAAGAUGCAAACCUCUUCGGGAGUGACAAUGAGGGGGACCCUGAGAAGAACGAAGAUGAUGAGGAAAUUGACCUGGAGAGCAUAGAUAUAGAUAAAAUCGACGAGAACGAUGGGGAGCAGAGCAACGAGGAAGAGGAGGAGAAGCCCGAGCUCCUGAGACAAAGCAGCGAAGAGGAGCACUUGGAAAAGGAAAAGGAUUUGGCACUGUCAGGGGCUGAAGGGCUGAAACCCAAAGAUGCACUGGCUAUAGUAAAGGAAGCCUCUGACAAUAGCACCAGAAUCAUCAGUCCCGGGGGACCAAACAAUUUACAGAUGCCAUCUCACAGCAAACCCAAGAUUUGGUCUUUGGCAGAGACAGCAACCAGUCCUGAUGGUGCCCUGAAAUCUUCUCCUCCUCCGCCUCCUCCCCCACAGGUUAACCACACUUCUGCUCAGAUCCAGCACCCUGCUUUUCUCCCCAGCCAUGGACUCUACACAUGCCAGAUUGGCAAAUUUCACAACUGGACAAAUGGGGCAUUCCUCACUCAGAGUUCCCUGCUGAACGUAAGGUCUUUUUUGGGAGUAAAUCACCACCACGCUGCUCAUCAUAAUCACCACCUCCAGGCCCAGCAACCAUCUUCUGUUUUAACAGCAACCCUGGGAGCCCUAAGCAGUGAAAAACCUUCAGAGAGGACCAGUCCCAAACACAUAGAAAGAGAAAAUGUACCAAGAACUGACUCCCCACCCCAGCCGCUAAAAUCGCCCUUCCAGCCCGUCCGUGACAACUCUUUGGCUCAGCAAGAGGGAACACCGAGAAUUUUAACAGCUCUCCCUUCUGCUUGAUUAAAUGAUUUGGUGAAAAAUAUUACAGAGACUGGUAUUAAGGACAGAGAAAAAA